AACUUUCCACACGUCAAACCAUCAAAUCGAAUCCAAAACCCUAAUCAGCCUCUCUCUCCCUCUUUCUCUCCAUUGAAUAUCGAUGGCACCGAAGCGUUCAAACCACAUUGAAGUCCCACCAGCUGCUUCUACUUCUGAAGAAGAUGAGGAGGCUAACUCCGAGGACGAAGAGGUUGGAUCUUCAUCGGAGGACGAAGAAGACAACGAUGAACCCCAAACCCAGUCUACUCCAUUGAUCCAAAAGAGCCCGCCUCCCAGGAAGCCCGAAUCCGCAACAGCCGCUGUGGGGAACGAAGGGUCCGAGUCGGGAUCCGGGUCCGAGUCGGAAUCCGAAUCCGAAUCCGACACUGCCAUGCCGAAUGUCAGGCCUCUCGCGACGAAACCCAUGGAUGACGCGAACGUGAAGAAACCCAGAUCCAACAACCCCUUGUCUUCUUCUCCCGUCAGAGCUUGUUCGUCGAAACGGCCCGGCGAGAUGGAGCUGGAUGCCAAGGAAGCGAACCGACCCAAGAAGAAAGCCGUGGAGGAAGGGGAUAACACUGUGGCUUCCGCCGUCGAGGAGGUGAAAAAAACCGGCGAAGAUGCGAAGAAGCAGCUUUUCCAGCGGUUAUUCAGUGAAGACGACGAGAUUGCUCUGUUGAAAGGUAUGUUGGAUUACUCUGCUAAAAGAGGAGUCGAUCCUUGCGCUGAUAUGAAUGCGUUUUAUGAUUUUGUUAAGAAAUCGAUUCAUACCGAUGUUACGAAAGCACAGUUGAUGGAUAAGAUUAGAAGGUUGAAGAAAAAGUUUGAAAACAAUGCUGGGAAAGGUAAAAAGGGCGAGGAUCGAACUUUUUCUAAAGCCCAUGAACAGAAUGCUUUCGAGCUGUCGAAAAAGAUUUGGGGCAAAGAAGGGAUUAGUGGUAAAGUUGAGUCUUCAGCUGCUAAAUCUAAUGGGAAAACCAAGGCAAAUAACAAGGCAGUGGUUGCAUUGAGAGCAGAGUUGCAUUCUUCACCUGAUAAGAAAGUAAAUGUCGGGGUACCGAUGGAGGUCGAUAAGGUGCCUAAGAGUACGGUGAGUAGUGUGUUCGAUAAGAGGUUCGGUGUGUCGAGCUUGGAAGAGGAAGUUCUAAAGCAUGGUUUAGAUAUGGUUGACAGCGAAAAGAAGGCAACUUUGGAGGCCAGAUGGAGGAAAUUGCAAAUCUCAGAAUUGGAGUUGUUCAUUGAGCGAAGUGAAUUGGUCAAGGAGCAUGCCAAGUUGUUGCUGGAAUGUUAUAAGUCCGAAGACAGAUAGAGAGCUAGUAUAAUAAGUGAUCGACAUUUUCAUGUGCAUUUUGAAGAAUGUUAACUUGUUGCGCUUAUUAGAUAAGCUUGCUUUGAGUAUCCAAUUGUAUGGUAUCUGUGUUUUUUUCGGUUGCUUAUAUGCGUAAUAGCAAGUACUUGAGCAUAUAUUGUUAUGUUUGGAUUUGAUUAAUCUUUUUAAUCUUGUUUUCUUUGAAGUGAA